UUUUGAUCGCGCUUUUGCUUGGGUGUCCACAGUAUUGAUAACGUAACAGUUAAGAAAGCUUUACCAUCUGCAUAUCUCUCAGCCUUCUUGGUUCAGUUGCCAUCAGGUGUUUGUAGUUGUUUGGCACGUACAACGAUUCGCUUGAUCAUAUAUCGAUACUCAGUAAUACUACAAUGAUCUCUCGCCUGCGUUUUGCCAAUAGGCGAAGUCAGUUCGCCAGCUAUAUAAGGGAAUUAUCGACAUCGCACACACGUUCCGAAAAAUAUGAUUGCAAAGUGCUGGUGGUGGGCGGUGGCUCCGGUGGUUGUGCCAUGGCUGCCAAAUUAACUAAACGACUGGGAAAGAAUAAUGUUAUCAUACUGGAACCAGCUGAAAAACAUUAUUAUCAGCCCAUGUUCACACUAAUUGGUGGUGGCAUGAAACGUUUGGAACAAUCCUAUAAGCCCAUGGCUGAUGUAUUACCCAAAAAGGCAAAGUGGCUUAAGGAGAAAGCUGUGGAAUUUGAUCCCGAUCGGAAUGAGGUUCAAACUUCAUGUGGUAAUACCAUAAAAUAUGACUUGCUUCUAAUUGCAACUGGAUUGCAAUUGAAAUACAAUGCGAUUCCAGGAUUAUUGGAUGCCUUGAGCAUACCAAAUAGCAAGGUUUGUUCAAUUUACUCACCUGACUAUGUGGAUCGAGUCUAUGAUUGCCUGCGUAGUACAACUGAUGGAAAUGUAAUUUUCACUUUUCCCCAUUCACCGGUUAAAUGCCCAGGAGCACCACAGAAAAUAGUCUAUAUCUCAGAGCACUAUUUCCGCAAGGUGGCCAGGCGGAAUGAUGUUAAUAUUGUUUAUAAUACAGCAUUACCAGUUCUCUUUGGAGUAAAACACUAUGCCGAUGCUCUGUGGCCCAUUGUAAAGAAACGUAAUAUCACCGUCAAUACCCGUACAAAUUUAAUUGAAGUUAAGCCCGGCCAGGAUAUUGCAGUCUUUGAGAACCUUGAUAAUGGCGAACGCUUCGAAGAGAAGUAUUCAAUGCUUCAUGUCACCCCACCAAUGUGUGCUCCCGAUGAGCUAACCAAAUGUAAGGAAUUGGUUAAUGAGGCAGGAUUUGUGAACGUGGAUAAAUCAACUCUGCAGCAUGUCAAGUAUCCAAACGUAUUCGCCAUUGGUGAUUCAUCUGGAACACCCAAUUCAAAGACUGCUGCAUCGGCGGCUGCUCAGUCGCCAGUUGUAUUUCGUAAUAUGAUUUCGGUAUUGGAUGGUAAGCCUUUAACAAGCUCUUACGAUGGCUAUGCCUCCUGUCCUUUGGUCACUGGCUAUAAUAGGUGCAUUCUGGCCGAAUUCGAUUAUAGUCUCACACCAUUGGAAACAUUCCCGAUUGCCCAAAAUAAGGAGCGUUAUUCAAUGUUCAUCAUGAAGAAAGAUCUAAUGCCAAUUCUGUAUUGGGAAAUGAUGUUACCCGGUUAUUGGAAUGGUCCGGCGCUGAUGCGAAAUCUAUUAUCUCCCUUUAAGUUAAAUAAGAGCAAAUGAACAUUCUAUUUACAAAUGGUUUUUGGCAUAAAUUUGAUUUUUGUCAAGUUUUA